GUGGGAUCGAUGCAGAAGCGCACCAUCGUAAUCGCUGUCGGCCUUCUCGUCGCGGUUGCAGUCGCUGUCGUCAUCGUCCUCGUAGUCGGCAAGGGAAGCAGUGAUGCGUCCAACUCGUCUGGAGACAAGUCUACGACUGCCACCACCCUUGCCCCCGCCAAGAACGUGACGGCCAACGACUUGCUCGGCACAACCAUUGCACCUGCUCCAGGUGCGACAACAACGCCUGCUCCGUCCCCUGCGUCGGAUCCGGAAACUGGCAAAGCUGUGCUCACCAUGCUUGCCAUCGGCGAUUGGGGUAGUACCACCGGCAAGAAGUCGGGCAGCUCCCUCGACACUGCUGGCGACCCCGGUUCUUGCUGCAAGACUUAUGGUGGCAGUGGUGCGAACGCUAACAAGGUCAACCCUUCCAAGGCCCGCAUCAAGGUGGACUACUGGGCCCAGUUGUACGUGUCCACGAUUCUCGCCCAGUCGGCGGGCCAACUCAAGCCGAAGCCGGCCCGAGUGAUCGGCCACGGCGACAACAUCUACUGGGAUGGUGUAGGCCCUGGCGAUGUCAAGUACCGGAUGGAAGAAACGUUCGAGAAGAAGUAUGCUCAGCCAGCGCUGCAGGGUAUCAAGUGGGUGAACGUAGCCGGGAACCACGACAUUGGCGGGUCGGAGUUUAUCUGCGGCGAAAAGGACUACAACUUUGUCAAGUGCAAAGACACGGCCGAGAUGCUCAAGUAUUUGGACCUCAAGUUUGACCUGCAGGCCCAGUACAAGAGCCCAAACCAAGACCGAUGGCUGAUGAAGGACCACUACUACGUCGAGUCGGUCAAGAGCGACGACGGCAGCGUCACCGUCGACAUCUUCAACUUGGACACGAACCACGCCGAUUCGCACGGGCUACAGCAAGUGUGCUGCCAGUGCUACGGGUACUCGCGGGAGACGAAGACAAAAUGUACGGGGAACGAAAUGCCCGGAGAUGCCAACUGCGCUGGCGGCGACAUUGGCAUGUUCAACGCGUGCAAGGACAAGAUUGAGGGGUGGGCAAAGGCAUCGUACGACGGCGCUGCUCGUGAUCUGGCCAAGUCGACCGCCACGUACAAGAUCAUUAACACGCACUACUCUCCCCACUUCCACAUGGGGGAGCCCCGCAUGAUGAUGUGGUACAACCUGACCAAGACGUAUGGGGUGCACGCGUGGUUUAACGGCCACACGCACGGGUUCAACCACGACGUGGCCAAGUGGAAUACGCACUUUUUCGAGAACGGCGGCGGCGGUGGUAUUUUCACAGAUACGUCGACGGAAGGCAAGAACGCGUACAUUGACAACUUGUGGGUGGCCGGCGGCAACCCGUACGGGUUUAUGGAGUUGAGUUUCACGAAGGACUGGAUGAAGGUGAACUUUGCCACGUUCGACAACACGUGGGACUUUGGCGGGUUCGACUACGAAGCGACCAAGGCGGGCGGGAUUGCUCGUGGCCAUUGCUGGUACAUCCCGAGCGUUCCUGGCACCAAGGGCGUGAAAUGCAAAGCGUCCAACGACUUGCCACUCGGGGCACCCAUCAUGCCCGACAACAAAGCAUAGGUUUGGUACAUCUUUACGCAGACUCUUCAUCGUGUAUUGUUCCUUGUCUUGAAUGCCUUCGACUCUCGACCAUGCGUCGGCGCUGCAGACACGUCAUGACAUGCAACAAGGCGGCGGCCACGUGCAAAAAUCCUCGAAAUAGACCGUUG